CAAACAUCCGUGUGCGCGCUGGCGGCUCGAAAUUAGUGCAUGCAGCAGAAGGAAAUUCAAAACGAACAAGGCCGAGCCGCGGGAGCCGAUGGAACAGGAGGGGGAGAGGAGGCCAGCGCGCUCCAGGAGGCCUGACAUGGCGCUGUACGUCCCCAAGAGGCGGCAGGGAGAGGGGGAGCCCGCGAAGGAAGCCCACCCCAGCGAGGUGGCCAGCAGGCAGACUCGGGGCGAGGCAAGGGGCAGACUCCAGGACCCGGGCGAGGUGGGCAGGAGGUCCAGACAGUGUAAGGAGAAAGGGAAGAAGGGGAAUGCACGAGCCAGAAGGGACCGGGAAGGAGGGAGCAAGGUGCCUGAUGGGGGGGUAGCAGACGGAGAUUCCAGUUUCAAGGAUGGCAUAGGGAAGCCAGAGAAGACGAGAGAUGAUGAACGGCUGGAGCCUGAAGAGAAGGAACAGGGCGAUGCUGUGGAGAAUGACCAAUUUCAGGAGCUCUGCGAUUCCCUAACGAGAAUGGGAGACGGAGACCCUGCUGUAAGAGGACCUGGUGUCUUCCGCACAGAUCUGGAAAACGUGACUGGUAGCCCUAGCUUAGCAACAGCCUGUCCUCCUAACCCACUUCCCACCAAAGGAGAGGCACAGCCCGAGGAUGAGGAACUGGACAAAGGGGGGAUCACGCAGGGCUCCGAGACUGCCUUGCAGAACAUACAGUGGCCUGCUUCAGACAGGCCUGUCAGCCAGGUGCCAGAGAUGGCAGUGAGAGGAGACGAGAACAAGGAAGAUGCUGGUUCUCUCAGUCCAGGAGAGACAGCAGAGCAGGAAGAGGACAGCUGGGACGUCCUUUUCAAUGAUGAUGGGGACUGCCUGGACCCUCACCUGCUAGAGGAGAUCUCACAAAAACAAGGGAAAGUGAAGAAAUCCAUCCAGGAGCCACAAUUCAAUUAUUACAGCGGGCCUGUGGAGCCGCAGCUGGACCUCAGCGAGGAUGAGCUGUCUCAUAUUGUGGAGAUCUAUGACUUCCCUGCAGAGUUCAAGACGGAGGACCUGCUCCGGUCUUUCCACUCCUACCAGCAGAAAGGCUUUGACAUUCAGUGGGUGGAUGACACUCAUGCACUGGGACUCUUCUCCAGCCCAAUAGCAGCAAAAGAUGCCUUAAGGUCCAGACACCCCAUGAUGAAGGUUCGUCCUCUCUCCCAGGCUUCCUCAGCCUCAAAAGCAAAGGCCCGCGGAUGUUCAGACUCCCUCCUGCCCGCGAAGGAGCGUCCCCAGACCAGCGCAGCCCUGGCCCGCAGGCUGGUGAUAGGGGCACUGGGUGUGAGGAGCCCUCAGAGCAGAGAGGAGAGAGAAGCAGAGAAGAGGAAACUGCAAGAAGCUCGUGAACAAAAGCGCUUGGCAGCAAAACAACGUGAGGAUGCUUGGGAGGGAAAAUGAUAAGCCUGACAGUGAAGAAUGAGCUGUUAGUGGGAUGUGUCGUUUCUUCUCGAGGGUGUGAAUGGCAGAAUGUGUUCAUUACCGAACGGUGAAGUCUCAGGUCUCUGCCUUCUGAUAAAUACAUACCCCAGAGCUGUCCAGUCAGACCACACCGUGACACCCAGCUCUGUCCGUCUUGGUGUGUAAGUCCCUUGCCAUCUUUUGCUCUGUCUCAGCUCCAGCAGUAAAUCCCUUUUCUCUGUGAGCCUUCUGUGGGUUCUGAAAACUAUACAAUUACUAAGGAUUCUGCUAGACUCACAGCAGAUUAUUCUGUGGAGAGCUGGCAAGCUCCUCUUAUGUGUUGCUAAAUUCCUUUCUGUUUUACAGUUUACAGUUAACUGACAGAAUUUUACCCUUUUCUGGUCUUAAUAGGCAUUCCAAGGAAUGAACCACCUAUUGUACCUUUAUGUGUUCAACCAUAAGUGUGUGCUCUUCAAUACUCUGACAUCCUGUGCUUGAAACCUGCUAAUGCUGAACAUCAAGAUGUGUCUAGAUGCAUCAGUCUUCAUGGGUGCUUGACAUCAGUGCAGAACUUGCCACACAAUCCCUGCCAGUUGACACAAAGCAGUUGUUACUUAGAGCUGCAGUCAUUUUGGUGUUCAUGCUGUAUCUGUACAAAAGACUUUGCACUUAUAUCAUGAUCUGUUCUGUAGUGUCUUGCAGGUACUCACCUUUCUUCAGCUUGGCACCUUGUGAAUCCUUCUAUACAGCCCCAGAGUAGAGAGCAUCAGGGUGCAAAGGUUUCAAUCCUGUACAGUGAGAAAUUUCCCCAUCCCAUCCCAUAACAGUAUUUGUAUUUCCAAUCCUGUCUCAUCCUGUACAUCCAUUACAGGAUGUAAUGCUAUUUUUAAAGAAAUCACAUUUCUUUCCGUCUCAUGACAUACCGAGAACACUAUUUGGAGGUACAGUAGUAUUAGAUUCAAAAGUUAGGUUUCUAGUUUAUACAAGCUGCAAAUACCUUGUGUAAACACAUUCUUAGCCUGUUUUGACAAAUGUUUCUGUGCAGAAUCAUCUUAAAAUAAGUUGCAUCCACAAAACCUCAGUUCAAACCCUGUUAUUCAACAUAUAUUUAUUUCAGUGUAGUGUCUCUGUUGUAAACUUAAAUCACCUCCCUUUAAAGAAGCACUGCUCUCAAUUUUUCAAGAAUGAGAUCAUUUAAGAAUGUACAUUUAAUGAUACUCAAAAUUAUAUAUUUUCAAAAUGUUAGAAUUUUAUAUGUAUUCUAAGAUAUAAAACAUAAAAUUACCUUUAAUACUUGUUUCUUAAAGCCUGUUCUCAAUCAGGGGAUAAUUCUGCUGACUGUAGCUCACCUGUACUUUGACCCAGUGCCAGUCAGCCAGAAGUCUCAGGCAUACAUUUCUAGCACAUUUUGAAAUAUUUAGGGCUGAUUUGAGGUUGUUUGAUUUUCAAGUGAAUAAUUUGAAAAUACGGCCAUAUAUUUUGCUAUCUGAAGAUGUGCAGCACAUUUUUCUUAAGGCCAUUCGUCCUUGUCACAGUUUUCAAUUUAAAUUUGGUUUAGCAUGUGUUGCAUGCAGUGCACUCCCAUUUCCUGAAUCUACUGAUAGCUGCCUAAAUGUUUCCAAUACCCCACAAUGCCACUUGACUGUUACUUUUCAUUGGGUUAAGCUUUUCUUAUCUCUGGUCACACCCACCUUUUACAAUUUGAAGUUAUGUUCUGAAACCAUUACCCUUUGAAUUACCACAAAACACCUGGCAUUAUUUUAUUGAUUAAAUCUCUUUUACUUGGUUAAAAAUGAUGACACAGAAUAUUGAUUGGCGUAAAGAAAAAACAUUUGCAGACUGACUGUUCAUUACUAAUAGUAUGCAUGUCCUUUCUGUAUCAUUCCAUCAUGGAAGGAUGUGUCCCAUUCUUGCCUGUCCCAAGAAUUAAUCUUUUUUUUCUUUUCCAUUCCUACAGUAUGUAUAUCAUGCUUGUACUGUGGCUAUCUCAUGCUAAUGUUGCCCUCUACCCUAGUGCCUUCCUGAAUAGAUCCCUCGUUUGGCCUAUCUUCAGCUUUCUGUCAUCCCAGUGUCACAUACAGACCACAUCAGAGUUGUGUAUUCACUCUAUGGUGUGUGCCGACUGCUCCUGCUUCUGUGGUGGUCCCAAGAGUUCAGAUGACAGCAGUAGGUUGCCACACAUCAGCUCAAUGUGGGCUCAUAUCUCUAAAAAACACAGGUUGCCUUCACCCAUUUCUCUGCUCUCAUUGGGCUUAUUGGUGUAUUCCUCCUGUGCAUCUCCAGGUACACCCAAGAAGCAGCAUAGACUCAGUGCCAACCACCCCCCAGCCUCACUUGCAGUAGGUCUGUGGCACAGCUCUGCACCCAGUCACCUCCCUAUCACCUUCCAAUGGUAAUGAAGGAGCACUAUUUCAUAUCCAUGUCCCUUCUGCAGCAACACUGAGACCUAGUUUGGCCUACCAGGCGGAAGCUGCCCAGGCAGAGUGCCAAUUGGACACCUUUAGCAUAUGUGCGCCGCAGAAGGCAGAGACAAGGCCCUUACCCUUCAGUAAAUGCUACAUGCACUUCCCCAAUGACUAACGCUUCUGCCAUUGGGAAUUGAAUUUGGAAACGUUGUUUUUAUUUCACCAGACAUAUGAAUGUCCAAAGAAACUUGAUUUCCCGUUUUGUGCUGUGGCGUUGCAAAAGACACUUUCCAAAACAUAAUUUAACGACGUUCAGGUGUGUCUUUUAGGAAGAUGGCAAGUAUAUGCCAAGGCCCUGCACUGUGAACAACUGUGACCUGGAUAAACUGAACACCCAAUGCCACUCUUAAGAUAUAGAUGAGCUUUUGUAGAGUUGUGGUCUUUUUUUGGCCAGAUUCUUUUCAUGCAACAACAGUGGCAGUUUUAAUAUUGUUUUGUAUGGUAAUUUUAUAUUUGUAUGUGUAUAUGUAGUUUUAACUGUGUAACUGGGUAUUUGAAGUGUCCUCUUUUUAAAAUGUUUCAGCUGUAAAUGACUAUUGAUAUUGUUAGUCAAAAGGACUAUUGUUAUGCAUUAUAAUACCUGUAAAUUUUAAUAAAAUUGUGAAUUAAAUCUUAGCACAGCCCAUUAAAAAUGUGCAGCCUUCCUCUUAACUAAGAUACUGUGGAUCUGCAAUUGCUUUUGGAUUUCUGGAACUUGGUGAACAGAUUCAAGAGUUGUGUUUUUUACCUUCUGUACUUAAAUUUGGCACUCUUACUUAAAACCCAUUAAAUAUUUUUUUAUUCCUUUGUAAUUACCUGCUUCGAAAUUCUUAAUGUGAGUUCUGCUGAUAAUCUUGCUAUUUUUCCUUGCCAAAAUCUUACCAGGAACAUUUUUAGUAAAGGCCAUGAGUGAUCUCCAAAACAAACAGUUUUGCUUACACACAUGGUAAAGAGUACCAUUAACUCACAAACCCAUAAUAUAACAGCUUACUGUUGAUGUGUCAAGCUCUUAAUUGAAAUGACAAUUUCAUUAUUGAAAUUGUCAAGGCGCUGCUGUAAUUCAGUGUGUGUUUAGCACUGCUUUGUCUUUUGACUUACAUGCUUCUUUUCAAUGAAUCAGUCACAGUUUAUCAUGAGAUGGUGUCCACUGCUUGGUGCUGACACCAGUUAUGCGUCAGUUGUCCUUGGUGUGGUGAACUGCGGGUUACUGCAUGCCCCACGGCAGAGGGUGAACAUUUAGGGACAAAUGGCAGCUCUGUGCUAUGCAGUGAGAAGUGCGAUCCAGUCUGGGAGUUGGCACAGAGCUGUCAUUCACAACUGCUCAUAACCUCACACAGUGGCCAUUGUGGGAACUUGGUCUCCAGAGAGGUGGGGGUGUGGAAUGAUCUGGCCUCCAAAUAAACACGUGUCCACAAGCAGGAUGUAGUCCUCCUGGGAUAAAAAGGAAACAGGGUGACUGGUUGUUUUCUGACGCGUACAUAGUUACAUUCUGAUGUUAGUUAAAAAGCCGUGAAGUUUGAAAAAUGCAGCUAGGUAUUUAGUGAGUCAGGUGUCUGACUUUUAAGUGUGCUUUCUUGUUGUUUUUCUUAGUUUUUUCAAAGUUAUUUUUCUUUUUAUAGAAGGAAAAAAAAACGUUUUCUCAGGAAAGCCACAAAUGAAAAGACCUUUUUUGAGACAGAAGGUGAACGCGGAGGGUCAUUUCAAAGGGAUAUAGCAUUCCAGAUAGGCAUCAAAUUAUUAGCCAAAAGAUCUAAAAUUUCGAAUUAAUAAGUCUCUCAAGUCUGUCCAAAGUUGUCUUUGAGAUCUGUUUGAAUUAGUUCUGGGUGUUUCCAUAGUCUGACUUUGGCUUUAGAAUUUGGUGUUUGUCUCACACCGUAGACACAUAUCCACAUCUUAACUUGAGAUUUGCUUGAGAUAUCAAUACUUCACAGAAAGUUGUCAUAAGAUAUUUUAGGCUUUAAUAUAUGUUUCAUCUCUUUUUUUUUCCCCAUACAUCUAAUUUAGAACUUCUGUUUCUUUGUUGUUGCUUAAAGAUUGCAAAGAUUUAGCACUUGACUGGAAACUGGUUCAGGAAAUUGUUUCCUGUAAUAAAACCUAGUAUUUCUUCUUGAUUUUUAUUUUCAAAAAUUCUGUGGUGUUUAAGAUGAUUAAAGCUCAAGGAACUA